UAACUUUAUAUUUAUCGUAUCAUCUAUUUCGUAGAUCAAUUUUCAUUAUUUUCAUCCUUCCAGUGGUUUAUCAUCCAAACUCUAAUUUAAUCGACUACAAUGACGUCUAUCGGACGAAUUUUAGCUGGGAAAAUUGUUUCUACACUCAUAUUGGUUGGCGGAUUCACAGUUUAAGAAAACACCAAUGUCCAAUAAACGAAAACAAGUACAAGGACGACCCCAAAUUAUAUGGGAUUGUCCUUCUUGCAACAAUGACGAUGCUCACUUCUACAGAAAAGGGAUUAUGGCUGGCACUGCAGAGUGCAAACGAUGCGGUCAUGUGUGGAAAUGGGAAAAGCAAGGCGAAAUUGCCUUUGUUGAUGCAAGGCCCAAAACGAUCGCACAUUCUCAACGUACAGCACUAGUCGACGAUGCAAAUCACUAUCCGUCUUCUCUUUUUGGUGGUGACACUGACCUGUCCGAUCUAGAAUCCUUACAAACAAUUUCAACGAAUACGAUCAGAAGCGGCAGCCGCGCGCAAUCAACACGCAUGACAGUUGAAGAAGAAUACCCCUUGGCGAAAACCCAUCAAAAACUUGACUCAUUUAAAAAGCUUCUAUCAUCAAUGGAGACCAAGCCUACCGUCAUCACCAAAAGAAAAAAGGAAGAGGAUGUUGCACUUGAAGAAACGGCGAAACCCAAGAAGCAGCGAACGAUCGCGCGUGGUAAUGACGACAGGGGCAUCGCUAGCGAAUCAAUGUUUGAAAGAUGGCCGAAGAAGCAGCUACCGCCCAAGCGACAGAAACGCAACCCAUCAAACGAUGAGGACAGUGAUGACUGCAACGACGAAGAAAAGAAAAUUGGAUACAACGAAAUUUCUGUCUACCAGGGAGAAUCAUCUGAAUCGGAUAUCGUUUUUGACGACAGUGAUGAGAGCGAUGGAUUCAGCACGCCGGACGAAGAGAAUCAUGAAGAGAAGCGAUCAAAAAAGAAUAAGGGCAAGGGAAAAGCCAGAGCGAAACCUAAGGCAAUGAAAACAUCAUCUCGCGAAACGACGAUGCCAAUCAAAAAACUCGAGCAAACUCCAGAUUCUUUCAAUGACGGUGAGAGCGACAGUUCUGACGACAACAUCUUUUCCGAUCAAGAAGACUUCUAUAACUCACCUGAGGCAUCGUCAUCCCAGAGAAGCAAAAGGCAGAAAGCAGAAAGCAAAGAUAGCAGUAGAGGCAAGAAUCGUAGCUACACGCAGUAUAAACCAAGUCCAACCAGCAAGUAUACCCCGUUCUUGCUGUUCAACAAAGAAAACCGUAAACGGAUUUGCGAUGAGAAUCCUGGUAUACAUAAUCGUCAAAUCAGCGCAAAAGUGUCAGAAGAAUUUCGAAGCCUUCCACCGGAGGAGAGAGAAAAGUACGAAAACGAAUCUAAACGGCUCAUAGCAGAAGUGAGACGAGAACGCGGUAUACGUGGACGCAACGCACGGAUGCCUGGUAAUGGAUAUAUCCAAUACAUCAAGUCAGUCGGUGCCAAAAUUCGCCAGGAGCAUCCAGAAUAUUCUAUCAAGGAUGUAAAUUCGGUCAUAGGAAGUGAAUGGAAGAAGCUGAGCGCCGAGGAGAAACAAAAGUUUAACGACCUUGCAACAAAACUACGCAAGGAAUUCGCCGAGAAAAACCCAGAGUAUACUGCCACAGCUAAGGCAAAGACAGUACAGCGGAUAAAAGAAACAAAGGAAAAAAACUCGCUCAAAAAAGACCGUGAUUAUUGAUAGCCUUAGUGGUAGCAGCAGUCAUCUACCAAAGCAAAUACGCAUUCUUACACGAAGUACUUUAUAAUAUCCAUUACCUUUCUUUAACUGAAUAAGUAAAUAAAUAUUGCUGGU